CUGGAUGAAAUCAGGAACGGUUCUGCACCAAACUUGCCACCAAUUAUCCCAUCCCGUUGCCACUCUGUCUUCUUUCAGUUGCCUGUUGUUCCUUGUGGACAGCCUCCUAAGCCACAUCCACAGCAUUUGACAGAUCGCUGGGACAGUGAUCACGUUCGCAUGCCUUUUUCAGAACACAACUUGUAUCCGGUCCAGGAGGGUGAUGAGAAGAGUCAAUUGCGGCAACGCUGGGAGCUCGUGCAGGAAGCUCUGCUGAAGACGAUAGUGUCAAGCCAGCAGCUAGAGACUGUGAUAUUGUCGUACAACUCCAAGUACAUUGAACGCUGGGAUUUCUCAGUGCUCCACUUACUAUUUAAGGAGGUGUUCUCUGAAGAUGAAACAAACAGCUUUUUUGCAACACUGCUCCCAAAAAUUAUCCAGCUUGCUCUGCAGUUGCCUGUAUUGCUGACUGCGCCAGUGCCAUUGCUUGUUCAGCAUUGUAGCCAUGCGCUGAGCUUCAGUCAGCUGCAGAUUGCGUGUCUUCUAGCAAAUGCCUUCUUGUGUACCUUCCCCCGACGUAAUACUGCCAAGCGGCAGUCUGAAUAUGCACACUAUCCUGAUAUCAAUUUCAACAGGUUAUUUCAGAUGCAUGGUGGAAUUGUACCAAAGCCUGAGAAACUUAAGUGCCUACUGCAUUACUUUCGAAGGGUCUGCACCAAAGCCCCUGAUGGUGUGGUGACAUACGCUCGUCAAUAUGUGAGUCGCAGUAAUAUGCCUCAGUGGGACAGGUCUCAGAAGCUUCUCACAAAGCUCCAUAUCACCAGCCAUGGCACCAUAGAAAAUGAUGGGGAAGGUUUGCUUCAAGUUGACUUUGCGAACAAGCUGGUGGGUGGAGGAGUGCUUGGAAGAGGCUGUGUGCAAGAAGAAAUCCGUUUUGUAAUCUGCCCAGAAUUGAUUGUUGCUCGACUUUUUACAGAAGCUCUUGAUGCCACUGAAGCCCUAUUGAUUGUUGGUUGUGAACGGUUGAGCACCUACAGAGGUUACAGUAGUACAUUUGAAUGGAUGGGAAAUUAUCAAGAUAUGACUCCUCGUGACAGUAGUGGUAGGCGAAUGUGCUCUGUUGUUGCAAUCGAUGCUCUGAAACUUGGCAACUGCAAUGUGCAAUACACUCCAAGUAACUUGCUUCGAGAACUGAACAAGGCAUACGCCGGUUUCCAUUGCCCAGAGUUUCAACCCGGUGAUAGGUUAGCAGGAGUGGCAUCAGGUAAUUGGGGUUGUGGUGCUUUUAGAGGUGAUGCUAAACUCAAGACACUGUUGCAGUUAAUGGCUGCUUCUGAGGCUGGGCGUCACCUUGCUUAUUUCACGUUCGGAGACACCAAGCUACGAGAUCAGGUGUACCACAUGUACACAUUUCUCAAUGACCAGCAAGUGACAGUUGGUCAACUGUGGCGUCUCUUGUGUCAGUAUUAUGAACACAGUUUCCGAGGAGGUAGACUCAUCACCGAUCUGUAUCCAUUUUUGUACCAAGCUCUCUCAAAGAAGACAAAGUCACCCUCCGCCACAUUUCCUUCAUCAUUUGAAUUGUCAUCAAGACCCAGACGAGAGGGGCAGGGUGAAAGUGAGUGGCUUAGUAAGAACAGAGGGGGACUGAACCACAAGGAGCUGCAGGAUGCUUUAGCAGAAAUUCCCAUUGAUGCAGGCAGUCGUGGUGCAAGGAAAAGUGAAAAUGAGUCGCUGUCCAAUUUCAGUAGUAAAGAAGUAUGUGGAGGCCCAUGUAUGAACCAGGACUCAGUAGAGAAGCAACAGGAGAAUAUAAGAGGCAGUGACAAGCGAAGGGGGUCACUGUUGCAGUACCUGGAACACUGUGACAGCAGAAGCUCAUUUUCUACCGCCAGUCCCACACCUAAAAGAAAAAUAUCUGACUAUUUUGCAACAACUCCAAGGCCCAAGUGAAAGAGAUUUGUACCUAAUACCUAUUUUUAAAAACAUAAUUUAUAUUUUGUCACUUGUUGAUGUUUCCUGCAUAGAAAACAUCAUAACUUAUUAAUGAUUCCUGUAGCAUACUAGUGCUGCCUACUUGUGUCAUAAAACUGGAUGUAGUUUUGUAAGUCUCCGUGUUGGUAUUUGUAAGAACACAGGUUCUGUGGACAUGUUGAUAACCUGUCAUUAAUUAUUAAGAAGUAGACAGAAGAAAUUAUAUUUUGAGUAGUUA